AUGGCGACCUCGUCCCUGACUGCCCCUGCGGCUCCGCGGCCUUACCGAAGAUUCUUGACCUCCGCCCUGCAUACGCGAUUCGUGCAUGCUGCACUGAUCUCCUUGCUUCUGGCUUUCAACAAUGCUUUCUGGUUAGGCUCUAAGAAUGACCUCUUCUGGUCAUGGUUUCCACUUGGGCCGGCAGGCAUCAAAGCCUUGCUGUUCUUUAUGUCGAGCCUCUUCAUAUUCAUUCUUCAUAUAGCGACCCUCAAAAUAGGCAGGCAAACAACCGCCUCUCCCUUUGCAACAUUCCGAGCCAACACUAUGGGCAGCACUGCGUUCCAGACGACAUUUUGGUAUCUGGUUUCGGCCUGGUGGUUUACUGAAGCCUACGUCUGGUCGGCCCCUGAUCUUGGAUGGAUCACAAGAGGAAGCCAUAAUACACCUGAUAUGUUGAAUGAGAGGCCGAUCUUCUUCCGGUUAUACGCCCUGAUUAUGGGUCUCGCCUAUGCUGGGUACCAUCUAUACCUGGGGAAGUCAGCGUUUAUUAUUCCCGUCUCGAAAUUACCUGCAACUCCGGCUGAGGAAGGCAAGAAUGCAAGCACUCACCCGCAGGAUCCAAUACAGACUCGGCUCCAACAGAGCGUGAGGAGUGCACUUUUGCGAGCUAGCAUAGCUGCAGGUUCCUCGCUGCUUGUGGCCGUUAUUCUUAACACUGUCUGGCUCCGCCAGCCACUCUGGCAGCUCCAUCUCAUGCUAGCAAAGCCAUUCUUCAACCUGUCCAGGGCCAAUGCACGGGCUGCUGGAUUUCCGCCGUUAGGACUGUUCUUCCUGGCCCGAAGUCUUUUGGCAGGAUUUUUGCUGGUUUUGACCUGGGAGCUUGCUUCGGUCUUAUUCUUGACUUAUUUGAAUCAGGAACCUACCAAAGCUGGGUUGCCGCUUUCGUCUUCCAGCAAAGAUCCAAACGGCACACUGCUCAACGGUCUGAAGGCUAAACGGGACGUUGUCAAGACGUUCGCUUUUUGGGAGUUGGCCAUCAUUGCUCGGAAACAUAAGGAUCGAAGAAAGGCGAUAUUUGAAGACAUUGAACGACCUACUGGACCAAUAUGGAACCAGAUCUCAGAAGCUGGCCUAAAACAAUUGCGAGAUAUCAACGCCCGCAUCUCUGGGCCGCCGCCGAAGGCAACACAGCCAGCAACAAAUACUUCCAUCCAGUCUCUGCCACACAUUGUUCCUGAAGUCGCCGCCCCAACAAUUUUCCAAUCAAACCCUACCUCCAGAAAGGCGGAAACUCUGGUUUCCAACCAACUACGCCAAAUCGGGAGCAGUAAUAAUCCAUGGCACCCACCAGUCGAACAAACUACGAAAGUGGUGGAGACAAAGCUCCUUGAAUAUGCAAAACCAACAGGGGUAGAUGACAUACCUUCUGAGGGCCUGCUAGCGCAAUGGGUUGUGUAUUUGCAAAGAAGUCCAGUUGGCUGGUUUUUCAUUUCUACCAAAGCAGCAAAGAUCAAUGCAGCUGUCCUCGGAACUCCAUAUGGCAAUGCAGCCAUCAUUGUCGAUGUGAUUGACUCCAUCACAAAGAUGCUGGUUGCAAGUCUUUCCGAAGACACGUACGGAAAGGCGACACCAACAGUCCCAGAAGUUGUAAGGACAUUUACGAAGACAUUGCUCACUGUCGAGGAUUUUGUAGCCAAGAAUGACUCCAGGUCAAGGACAGGUAUCGAGGAAGUCGAGAUCAUAAUUGAAAGGUUGAGGUCUGGGUUGAAGGAGUUAUUGUCAGCAUUCCAAGUCUAUCUGAUCGACGUUGGCCUGGGAAUAUCUGAUCUCAACCAAGCGAAAAGAGCAAUCCAGGUGCGGCAACCAGAAGAAGUCCGAGAGGAGACUGUGGAGCCACCAAUCAGGAGACAAUUAUUCUCCAGCAAGGGACAGAAAGCGAGAAGUUCCAAUCGAACAUCCAUACCGAUCGCCGCAGACGAGCGAGGAAGACUAGAGGCACCUCAACGACCUUCCGAAGGUACGGGCAGACCAGGAAAAAAUGUGAACAGUCGGCAGUCCCAGCGAAGGGAGAUGGAGCAGGUUAGUUGA